AUGGCUGCUGUACAAGGUCAUGAUGAUUCUGAGGAUAACUUGUAUCCGAUCGCUGUACUGAUCGAUGAGCUACGCAAUGAGGAUGUACAGUUGCGAUUAAACAGUAUUCGUAAACUUUCAACUAUUGCUCUUGCUUUGGGUGUUGAGCGAACUCGUAAUGAGCUUGUUCCAUUUCUUACAGAUACAAUUUAUGAUGAGGAUGAAGUUCUGUUAGCUUUGGCGGAACAGUUAGGGAAUUUUACGCCCUUGGUGGGAGGGCCUGAUUACGUACACUGCCUGCUUCCACCUUUGGAAAAUCUCGCUACCGUAGAGGAAACAGUGGUACGCGACAAGGCUGUGGAAAGCUUGCGGAAAAUUGCUGACAAACAUUCCAGUGCUGCUCUUGAGGAACACUUUGUAUCUAUGAUCAAAAGAUUGGCUACAGGUGAUUGGUUUACAUCGCGUACGUCAGCGUGUGGUCUUUUCAGCGUAGCUUAUCCACGUGUCAGUCCAGCAAUAAAAGCUGAGUUGCGAAGUCUAUUCCGUACUUUAUGUCGUGACGAUACUCCGAUGGUGCGAAGGGCUGCUGCGUCGAAGCUUGGUGAAUUCGCAAAAGUUUUUGAACCAGAUUUUCUUAAAGAUGAGCUUUACCAGAUGUUUGUUGAUCUCGCAUCAGAUGAACAGGAUUCAGUUAGGCUGCUUGCAGUUGAAGCUUGCAUUUCAAUCGCUGCUUUGAUGUCUGAAGAACAAAGGAAGGAUUCAAUCAAGCCUAUAUUGCUCAAUUUAAUUGAAGACAAGAGUUGGCGCGUUCGUUAUAUGGUUGCAGAAAAGUUUACUGAGAUUCAAACAGCUAUGGGGAAGGAUAUAGCAUUAUCUGAUUUGCUUCCAGCUUUUAAUAGUUUGCUGAAGGAUAUGGAGGGGGAAGUUAGGAGUGCUGCAGCAGGGAAGAUCCAAGCUUUCUGUGCUGCACUACCACCUGUUGGAAGAGACAAGGCCAUUCUUCAACAUGUGCUUCCUGUAAUCAAAGACUUAGUCUCCGAUCCAAACCAACAUGUGAAAACUGCGUUGGCUUCGACAGUCAUGGGCCUUGCACCGAUUCUUGGUUGUGAUCUGACAAUGGAUCACUUAUUACCUAUAUACCUUACUUUGCUUCGGGAUGAAACCCCUGAAGUAAGGUUGAAUAUUAUCUCUUCCCUGGAUAAGGUUAAUAAUGUUAUUGGCCCUCAGCAACUUCCGCAGUCACUUUUGCCAGCCAUAGUAGAGCUUGCUGAGGAUGGGAAGUGGCGUGUACGACUAGCCAUAGUUGACUUUAUGCCGCUCUUAGCUGCUCAGUUGGGACAAGAAUUCUUUAACGAGAAACUAUUGCCAUUGUGUAUUACAUGGUUGACAGAUCAUGUUUACGCUAUUCGGGAGGCUGCGACAGGGAUCUUAAAGCAGUUAACAGAAAAGUUUGGUGCUGAAUGGGCUUUAAAGCAUAUAUUGCCAGAAGUUAUUAAACUUGCAAAGGAUACUAACUACCUGCAUCGUAUGGCAUGUCUUUUCUGUUUCAAUACUUUAUGCGAAGUUUUGGGGGCAGACAACACAUUGAAGGAAAUCCUGCCAGUAAUUCAACAGCUCAGUGAUGAUAAUGUACCGAAUGUGCGGUUCAACGUUGCAAAGACGUUACUCCGUGUUGGUAAAAUUGUCGAUCCAGGGGUGGUAAAUGCGCAAGUUAAGCCCAUUCUUUCGAAAAUGAGUAAUGAUACAGAAUUUGAUGUUCGGUAUUUCGCUGACGAAACUAGAACGGGUGGGCAUUGGAAUUAUUGUUACUCUUCAGUUUACUCUUUUUUGCCUUAA